CGGCGACCAAUGGCGUGGGGUGUUUCUAGAGAAACCUUGUCACUCGACUAGGGAAGCAACACUAACCACUUUGACAAACUGGCAGACCUCUUUUGGGGGGCAGGGAUUGUACUUCGUCAUUUUUUGGCAUUGCGUUACUGGGAAUUUUGGGUGUCCAGAUGUAUGGUGAUGGAUAGUGAAUGCUCCUAUCGAAGGCAACAUGUUUGAUGUAGCUAAAUCGCUCUGCUUUGUAUGCAGGGUCAAGAAAUGCAAAUCGGAAUGGAGAGAAUUCUUCGAGCAGCUCGGAAGGGGAAACGAUGAUUACGACAGCAAUUGUUGCCAUUACCAUUAUCACACGCUGUCUAGAUACAGCAAUUCAAGCUUUGUGACCAGCGAGGGUGACAUCGAUUUGGUAAAGAGCGACAUGACGCACGAAAAGGAGGACAUUUUGGCAGACGUGACCCACUUAAAGUGCAGUUUGGGACGGCUGAUAAGUCAAUAUCAGAGAAAUGGACACGAGAUGUUGCAGUCCAAUGCUUUCCUUGGUGUUGCCGAAGUGAUACAAAUCCUACGCAGAAUCACAGAAAAGUGGCCACCCUUCCAGUCACACAACUUACUCAUUGCCACAGAGACCUUAGCCGAACUGUCAAAGGGUAACGGUACCAGACAACCAGACUCGAGACAAUGGUUAGCUGCUCUGGAACGUUUCUCCCUAGAAUUUAACAACAGGGUAUCUAAAUAUUUUACUGAAGAGUCAACUUCACGUCCCACCCUGGUUAAGUCACAGUCUUGCGAAAACUUUGCACUGAUGAACGAAGAGUCUGCAUUUGACCUGGACGAUGGCGACAGCCCAGACGAUAAGGAUAUCAAUUUGAUGAAGCUUAAAGAAGGUGUAGACUUUGCCCUUCACCACUUAAAACUCUGGUCAAAGUACGCUAAAGACAUCAUCAGUUACAUUGAAAGAAGGACCCAAUUCGAAGUGGAGUAUGCUCAACAGCUGGAAAAGUUGGCGCAGUCGGCAAAAUUGGCACUCAAAGAACACAUUUUCCUCCCGUUCCAUUCUAUAUAUUCUUCAGCAGUUCAUCAAGAUAUCGAACACGCCGCUAUACGCUUGCAGUCUGCUGGACAACUGCAAGGCCAGAUUUUUAUUGAGCCUCUUGCAGCACAAGUUAGCGAAGUCGAAAAGGUUAGAAAGCACUUAAAAGAUGUCUGGCAUAGAGAGUUGAAGAAAACUCACGAAGCAAUAAAUAAUUUAACUAGAUCGAAAGCUAUGUAUAUCCAGAGAAAUCAAGAAUAUUCUAGAGCUAAGUUGUUGGCACAGAAAGUGGAAAAUGGCCAACUCAAUGGCAAAGUCGAGAAGAAGAGAAGAGUAGAAGAUGAUGCUUUGCAGAAAGCCAUGGAGGCAGAAACAACUUACAAAGCGUGUGUAGUUGAAGCUAACGAAAGGCAAAAAGCCUUGAACCAAGUGAAAAGGAAUCUUCUACAUCAAGUAAGAGAAUUGGUUUAUCAAUGCGAUAACAUAAUGAGGACUCUCACCUGUAACUACUUCGAAUUGCAGUUCAAUACGUAUUCUACUUUACCCGAGCAGAUUAAGUCUUUCUGCGUAAGAAGCAAAGAUUAUGAACUUGGUAUGCAAUAUGCAGAAUACAUAAAAAAAUUACCUGUGCCUGAUGAGGGAACAUUACGGACGAAUCAGUUUGUUUUCGAGCCUUAUAUACCCGAGGAAAAUUGUAGUGAUUCUCAAAACGAUUCGGGUAACUGGGAAUCACAUGGUCACACGUUUAAACUGAGGAGAUCUUUAAGUGAAGCCGAAGACGAAACUAAUCGCAAUCGUUACUCGAAAGCUGCCGAAACGCAUACGUUCAGAAAAUUAAGAACCCCUUCAAAAUGUCGUCGUUGUGAAAAUUAUGUGUACUUUCAGGGCGUAGAAUGCAGUGAGUGUGCAUUAUCCUGUCACAAAAAGUGUUUGGAAUUUCUAGUCAUUCAGUGUGGUCAUAAACGGCUACGUCCCAAAAUGACGACAUUUGGAGUCGAUUUGACUCAACAGGCCGAAGAGACGGGUGAACCUAUACCACUUCUUGUAAAAAAGUGUAUCUCCGAAAUUGAACGAAGAGGCUAUUUCAGUAAGGGCCUCUAUAGAGUCUCCGGAGUUAAAUCGGAUGUAGAGUCUCUCUGCCAAAUGUUCGAGAAUGGCCCUGACUUAGUCGAUUUAACUGAAGUUCCUAUAAAUGUUAUUACUAGUGUUCUUAAACACUACUUUCGACAGUUACCCGAACCCUUGCUAACCUAUAAUUUAUAUUCAGAGUUUAUAAAAAUCGCAAAGGAAAAUCCACCGAAGAAAGAAGAAGCAAACGAAGAAGUUAUUCUAGAUAAAUUACAGAAUUUAAUUCAACGAUUACCUCCCAUUCAUUAUGUCACUUUGGCAUUUUUAAUCAAUCAUUUAAAAAGGGUUGCCAAAUUAUCCGAAUUCAACAACAUGCCAUCUAGCAAUCUUGGUAUUGUCUUUGGACCAACGCUCAUGAGAACUAGAAACGAUACAAAUUCCAUCUCGUGUCUGAUGGAUACCAUACAUCAAACACGAGUCAUCGAUCUUCUAAUUACGUAUUCCACUGAUCUCUUUGGAUUGGAGAGAAAUCAUGAAGAACACCUGCAAAAAACUGAACAAGUAGUAUGGCAAAGAGAUCUUUCAGGAAUAUCGUGUACGAUGGCUUCUCCUGACAGAAGAGGUUCUUGGUGCGUUACAUCUACAAAUGAGAGAGUGUUUUUCCUAUCUACCAUUAAAGAAGAUUCGCGAUAUCAGUCCUUGCAAAGGCAGCCAAAACUCCCACCUUCAAAUACGUACACAACAUCCUACGAUAGGAAGAAUGCCCACGACAAAGGAAAUAGAAAUAACGAUGCCAUAUAUGAAAACGUGAAACCUCAUACAAAAUUCAGAAUGCGUGAUAAAAUUGACUAUCCUGAAGAAGAUAUGCUAUCUACCAUAUCUUUAAAUUCCUGUCUUCCAUAUUAUAACCUUUCUGAGGUUCAUUUUGCUGGAAUCAGAAAGCCAACGGUUCCUCUUUCUAUCUCAUUAACAACGGAAUUUUUAGAAGACCAAGAAGAUUCUAAAUAUUCUGGAAGAAAUUCGGAUCCAUACGAAUGUGGCACCAAUAUUUGUAUCGUGUGAUUCUUGUAUAUAUAAUUACGUAUAUCAUUGACGACCGCAUAUAAUCGGGACCACCGCCGAUCUUCUUGUACAGUUUUUCUACGUUCAUUUAUUUUAUUUUUAUGUACAUACUUAUAAGCAUAAUGAAUUUUAUAUAUUCGUUUUUACAUUAUUCUCACGAAGAAAACAGGCAAUUAAUGUAUAU